AUGUUGAGCAUACUGCGUAGAAAUUGGGCACUUCGGGUGUCGGUGGUGCUCAACAUCUGCGUGUUGCUCUACGUGUGCGCCCACUUCGGCUCCUCCGGGCCCUGGAUCGAGGAACCGCCGACUAAUUGGGCGGCGCCGUUGCAAUCGGAGACCUUUGGCGCCGUGGACCUCGUAAAUGGCACUCAGAAAGGCGCCACGUUGUCAGCCGUGCCAGCCACUAAGGAUGCCGCUAGCAGGGCUACCACGCGUGGUAACGCGACUGGUCCAGCCAAGAACAGAUUGCUCACCACGAGGCCGACGAUCAACGAGGCCAAGGCUGAUAGUGAAAACGCUGACAAGUCGGGGCACAGGCGUAACGAGACGGCGAGGAGUGGUACGCCCGUGGUUCAACCGACGAUGAGCCUAAAAGAAGCGGUGCCGUGCAAUGAAAAGCCGCUGGAGCCGAGGAGGGCGCAACGCGGUGAUUACUGGGUCCUCUAUAAUUACGUGCCGAUGAGCAUGGCGGUGAGAUGCUGGGAGAGCGUGACGUACACCACGCACGCGGAUUACACGUUCCUCGACAAUCUAGAGCCGUUGCUGGAACGAUGGAGGGCGCCGAUAUCGAUUGCAAUGCACGCCCCCGGCAUAGACUUCGCGGCGACUCUCGACGCCAUCAAGUACUUGAGAAACUGUGGCAGCCCUCUGGUCUCCCAGCUGGUCACCUUCCACGUAUUCUUCAGCAGCAAACACGUGCCAAAAGUGUUGGUCUUUCAGCAGUGCAACUCUCGCGAAGUAAAUUAG